AUGAAUUCCUCAUCUAAUGGUUUAAGUGUGUCAAGUGUACAGAGUUAUCGAGACUCUUUCAGCACAUCUGUGGUCAAAAAUGUGAUCAUUCUGGCUCUUGGCCUCAUCAUCAACUAUAUCAAUGGCACCCUUAUUCACACCUUCAGAAAACACCAGAUAUUUUAUAUGAAUCCUCGUUACAUCCUAUUCAUCCACCUGGUGGUGAACGAUAUGAUCCAGCUCACUACAACAAUCAGCCUGUUUGUCUUAAGUUACAUCUUCUACCAAAUUAAUGUUUCCCUGUGUUGCCUUAUUAUAACUUUAGCUGUCUUCACCACCCUCAACACUCCUUUAAAUUUAGCUGUCAUGGCAGUGGAGUGCUACAUUGCUAUUUGUUUACCGCUGCGACACACUCAGUUGUAUACCAUCAAAAGAACAUAUAUUGUGAUUGGUUGGAUUUGGGCCAUGAGUGCAGCCUCAACCCUACCAGAUGUGUGUAUUAUUCUGGCAACAGAGCCUAUACAGUUCUUUUACUCCACAAUUUUUUGUGAAAGGGAUAAUGUGUUCCGGCACCCUAUACAUAUGAAAAAGAGGGAUAUAUCCUACAUAAUCUACCUAAUUUGUGUUUGGCUCACUCUCUUCUACACUUACUUCAAGAUCUUCUUUGCUGCUAAAGAAGCUAAAGCAGCUAAAUCAUCUGGUGGAGACGCAAAGAAGGCCAGGAAUACAAUCCUGCUCCAUGGCUUUCAGUUACUGUUGUGUAUGCUAACCUAUAUUGCCCCUAUGUUAAAAAGCGCUCUGGUGAACUGGUUUCCUACACAUUAUGUAAAUGUAGUCUUUGUUUGUUAUAUUAUCAUCCAGAUCCUUCCCCGGUUUCUCAGUCCCAUUGUGUACGGGCUACGAGACAAGACAUUUAGGCAGCAUCUGAAAAAGUAUCUGCUGUGUACAGAACUGAGACAGAUGGACUUCCAGCUGCUGGAGUGCCUGAUCCUCAUUUACGCCAGAUAA